CACUUAUCGAUAUUCAGGUACAUCCAUAACUUUCCCGCACUUGUAGCAUGUAUUUUGUAUUCUUGUAAUACUGAAACCCAUUUUGCGAAACAUCAUCACCUAUCCAAUACGGACUUUUUUAUUUUAUUUUUUGCUUUUACAAAAUAAAAAAAAGAUCACUUCAAGUUUCAACUUCAACGAACGUAUUGAUUUUCGCGGCGGUGUAGAAUUGCAUUCUUAGCUCGACGUACAACGAAAAAAACAACUUGCUUUCAUCCCGAACGAUUGGCCAACGCAUCUCUUCUAGGUAUUAUUUGUUCCUUGAUAAGAACUAGGUAACGCCAGCAAAGACGAACGGACCCCUGCAGAUUUCGAGUGGAGGGGACGCAACUUCAUAACUUCUACCGCUACUGGGCAAACACGGUUGGCUGGAAAAAGGGCGAAUUAUGAUUACGAUGUUUUGCUAGUAUAAUAAACUGAUGGCGCCGACAUCAUCGUAUUAUUCUUGCAAACCACGUUAAAACUGUAUAGCACAAAAUGGCAGGACCCGGCUUAGACUCCGAGACUCAAUGGCCCCCGCGGUCCCCACACGAUGUUCUUCUUAGCACACCAAAGGGACGCGAAAAGCUUCGUCGCAUGGCCGAGAGAUCACCACCCUCACCAACUUCGGGCAAGACGAACCGACGGGCACCCGCGCUGACUGCUCGGUCAGGAAACUCUUUCCGCAACGGUACACAAGAUCUCGGAAUAGAUCUGGAGGGAAAUGAAGACGACGAAGAUGAGGAGGACGAGGAGAUGCUACAAUUGAAACUACAAGCGAUUCAGGCGAAACUCAAGUUGAAGAAAUUACAAAGCGCUAAGGCGAAGAAGGCCCUGGGAGAAAGCACAACAACGCGGCCUGAAUCCGCAGCUAUACCAGAUGUUCCCAUUGCUAGUAGAGCCCGCUCCCGAGCGGAUUCCUUGCGCUCUGUCACAAACACACGGCCACAGUCGCAAAUGGAAAUACAAGUUCCUGCGUCUCCGGUUAGGAGAGCACAAACGGCGCAAAACGAUAACUCCCCUAGCAGGGUACGUCUUGGCAUCGACAAGGGGAUCAAGGCGAAGGAUAUAUCGCUGAAAAGAGCCCCAAGCUUUAAGAGGACUACUGAGAACCAGAGUGGAACGCAGGGGGUUUAUUUUCGAAGAACGAAUACACCUGCUCCCGGCGGUGCCGAGUCAUCCACGAGACAGGAGCGGCCAAUGACUUUCAGCGAGAGACUAGCUGCGGCUAGGUCAGAAGAGUCAAGCCGACAAGAGAGGCGAGAGAGGAUACAACAGUCAAGGACUAGCGCCUUUGAACUGGGCAGGCAAGAGAUGGAACAGUUAAAAAGCAAUGCGAGGGAGAUACCCGACAUUCCAUUACAGCCCGAACAGUUUAGUCGUGAGGAAGUCCUAGCCGGUGGUCGAAUUAGACGUAGUAAUACAGUGUCGAGCCUGAGACGACCGACGCUAGAUGAGAAUCGCCCUGGGACCAGCUCAGGGGCGGCAGCGGAAUUUCAAGCAUACCCUGAAGAAGUACCGGAAGAGGAUGCCUCUGGAUUUGAGCCAUACUCAAGCGUCCACCUAUCGAAGCGGGUAAUACCACAUACCACUCUUACGCGGAAUCUAUCGGGCAAGAAGACGUACGGCAUAAAAGACAUAUUAAAACACGUGAAGGCGCCAGACUUUCAGCUUCCGGAGAUCGAACAGGACAUAGUAGUCUUCGGUAUCCUAGCUUCCAAGUCCGACCCCCGUUCGCAUAAAACGCCAAACAAUAACUUGAAAGAAAAAGUAGAAUCUGACCCGGCGAGGGGGAAGUACAUGGUUCUACAACUUGUGGAUCUACAAUGGGAACUUGAGCUCUUCCUCUUUAAUUCUGGCUUUGAUCGAUAUUGGAAAUUGGUUCCGGGUACCCUUCUCGCCAUCUUGAACCCAAACAUCAUGCCGCCGCCGCCAGGCCGCACCGACACAGGGCGCUUCAGUCUGGUAAUCAACAGUGGUGAAGAUACGAUUUUGGAGAUAGGCAUAGCACGAGAUCUUGGGUUCUGCAAGAGUAUUAAGAAGGAUGGGGAAUAUUGUAAUAGUUGGGUUAACCGAAAGCGCACCGAAUUCUGCGACUUUCACAUGAACAUGGGCUUAGCCAAGUACAGACAAGCCCGACAAGAUGUGAACGCAUUCAACACUGGACUGGGCCCCCAAAAAGAUGAUGGAGAUGGUAGAAGAUAUCGAAAAUCGUACCGCCUCCAGGACUGGGAGCAGCACUCCAACGACCCCAGGCAAAGGACGAGGGGUAAUUUCGACAGAAGCACCCAAAGCCAGUGGUUUAUCUCUAAGCCGAGCGCUGCCAGUAUGCUCGAUAACGAGAUAUUAGGCGGGCAAGUCGCCGAUCGUGCGGAGCGCAGCGAAGCCUUGAGAAGACGCCUCGCUACCCAGGAAAAAGAGCGGGACAUCAUGAAGAAGCUAGGCAAGGUAGGGUCCGGCGCCGGUAAAGAGUACAUGCAAAGAGGCGGCGGCACCCAACGCUCUGUUUCAGGUUCAGGCAUAUUAUUCGCAACCUCGUCGACACAAGGUAUGGGAGACGAGCCCAGGCAGGACCUCGACGCCAGGUCUCUCGGCCUAGUCCGGGAGAAGGGACAAGAACCCAAGAUGCACCUAAGCCCCGUAAAGCGCAAGCGCAGCGAGGGCGUACGACCGUCCUCCAGCUCCGCGGCGCUCGCCGCCAGCAGCAAGUCCGGACUCGGCUGGGGCGGUGGCCUGAAGGAGAAACUUACCCGGAUGAGGGAGGGCGAGAAGCUACGGCCCGCGCUAAACCUCAACUCGAGCAACGAGGGCAUCGGGAAUGCAGGCGACGACGUUAGUAGCGUCAGCGCCGGUCCCAGCAGCUCUGCCUCUGCCUCCGCCUCCGCCUCCCGGUCUCCGGCUCGGAAGAAGACGCGCUUCGUCACCGAAAAGGGUAUUCGCGAGGCGGGCCGCGAGAGCCUCGGCGCGGAACUUGCGCCGGGAUCUUCUGCUGCUGCUGCGGCCGCCGCCGCUGCAGGCGUGUUUAACACGCGCGCUGCUACGCCCGCGUAUAGGUCUAGGGAUUUUGCUACUAGUAGUAGGAGUAGUAGAGCGCGGCCCGGGAAGAUGGUCAUCCUAGAUGACGACGACGAUGAUGACGAGCUGGAAAUUCUGCGGUAGCGAGAGGAGAAGAAGGGGACGUGGGGCACUAGGUACUACAUAGUAUGGGAAAGCGAGGACAGGAUAUUUGCAUACCCAUACCCACGAGAGAUGAGAGAAAAAUCGGCAAGGCAUAAAUUAUUUCGUCAUUACCUUAGGUACCUUAGAUACCUACCUACCUACGUAGUUCAUUUUCCUCUGCAUCGGGCGUGAUAACAUCGGGGCAAACAAACCAAAAAAGCAAGCAGAAUCGGCAUAUCUCUAGAGACCUAACGAAGACGGCGCGUUUACGGAUGGGAGUACCUAAGUGGACACAUGGGGUAAAACCGGACACGGGAUGCAUUUAUAUUUGGGUUGAAUCGAACCGAAUCGAAUUGGAUGACGAUUGUUAUUAUUAUUAUUAUUAUUGUAGCGAAGGGCGAAUUGGGUGUGGUGGUUUGGUUAUUUGGUUAUUGGACGAAGCUUGUUUAUAUUUGGAUUGGACUCUUCUCUACUACCAAAGCAUGAGACUUGGUUCGGGUU